UUACAGCUCUAUAAAAUUUAUUUACAAAAUUGACGCUCGAGAUUCGAAAUAUACGCACGCAAGUUUUGUUGCUGCCGGAGUCCCAUAGCACUGUUGUUGCAUGUUUAUGUUGAUGUGCAUGGCGUGCAUGGGAAGGGAGCCUGAGCGUGUUUUUAUUAGUUUGUAUACUAUAUACCUUGGUGCCUCCUGGGUGGGCUAGCACAAGGCAGUAUGGCUAGCAUGUAUAAAGUUUGACGUAUGUGCAGCGCGCAUCUUGGCGCCCUAACUCUUCAACAACAACAAAAACAACAACAACAACAACAGCGCGCAUCUUGCCAAAGGCGUGUGAAGUGCAGUGUCCUACUUUUGAUUUCAGCUUUGUUUUAAGUUUGUAUCGGUGGCAACAAUGAGUUCAAGCUUGUAUCAAGCUGGAGAUUAUGUUUACAUUGAGACAUCAUCUACGACCCCAUACCAGAUUCGGCGGAUAGAAGAUUUUAAGCUGGGAGCUGAGGGCCCUGUGGAGGCCAAAGUGACAUGUGUCUACCGCAGGACCAAUCUGCCACCCUCCCUCAUCUCACUGGCAGACACACUCCAUGCCGCUGACGUGUGGCCGGGCGGUGAGCCGACCGGUCGUGAGGGCGCUUUGCGCCGUCACCUGUCCCGGCAGCGCGAGCUGUUCCCGUCCCGUCAGACAGAGUUGGUGCCGGUGACCCGGAUCCGCGGCCGCUGUUCGGUGGGCCUGCUGAGCGGUGCCGAGCAGCCGCACCACUACCUGGAAAAGGAGAACUCGUUCUACUACUGUCUGCUGUUCGAUCCGGCUCAGCGCAGUCUUGUGGCGGACCGUGGGGAGAUCAGGGUCGGGGAGGAGUACCAGGCGGCAUCUCCAGCAGACCGCUGCCCCCUCCGGCCCGGAGAGCCGGACCUGGAGAGAGCCGAGCCACUGGAGACGCUGCUCUGGACUCCGGGGCGGAUCGACGACGCUGAGGUGGACACCUUCCUCAGGCUGGCUCGCUCAGUGGGCACCCUGGCACGCGCCCUGGACCCCUCAGUGACCGGUCGGUGCGGCGCCAGUCUCCACUUAGCCGCGGCCGCUGCCGGCCGGGACGCCACCACCCAGCACGCGCUGGACGCGCUCCACGCGGCCGACUACCGCCUUCCAGCAGCUCUCUCCGGACUUGUGGCCGGUCGCCGAGCAGAGCGGCUGACGCUGUGCCGUGAUCAGCUGGAUGCCUGGACGGUCUCCGAGGCACAGCUGUUUGAGAAGGCUAUGAACAAGUGUGGAAAGGCGUUCGGCGAUAUUCGACGGGAUUUUCUCCCAUGGAAGAGCACUGCCCAGCUGGUAGAGUACUACUACCUAUGGAAGACCGCCGACCGCUACCUACGCCGGCGACUAACCAAGGCGGCGGCGGCGUCUGGCCGACCGAUCCGCCUCCUGCUGCCCGACUGUGGCCGCUGGGAGGGAGCGGAGGGCGGGCAGAUGUCACCCGACCGGGGCCACGCAGGGGGACCCGCCUGCGCCGGCUGCUCCGCCAGCCGGGCGUCUCGCUGGUUCGCCUGGGGCUGGAGGCGGCUCUGCGGUCCGUGCUGGCUCCACUGGCGGCGCUACGGAGGUCUGCGGCGCCCCCCUACCCGUGAUGCUUAUGCCUCUGCUACCGAGCGGCGGCCGCUCCGGCCGCCCCCGCCCAUCCCUCGGCCUCCGGCGGCAGUUCGGACCGGCUGCGCUCGGCGCCGACCGGAUGCGGCGGCAGUGGGUCGCGGCCUCGCGCUGCCUACCUUCCAGGUUCGACCGCCGCCGCUGCUGCUGCUGGCUCGUCGGCUGUGCGCGGCGCGUCUGAGACUGAGGAGGCUGGCACGCUGUCCUCUGAGGGCGGUCAGCGGGCCGGCGACGCAGGCGCAGUGUCUGCAGCUUCUCUCGGAGCUCUCAGAGGAGGAGUUGGAGCAGCUGGCGGCGGCCGGGGGUGGAGCGGGCUCGUCUGCCGCUCGCCGCCGCCGGCGCUGCCGUACAGAGCGGCUCCUGCCGCUGAGGACCGGCCAGCCGGCGCCCUCGGCCCCCGCCUGGCUGGUGACUGGGGAGCGGGCGCCGCCGCCGGCCCGAGAGGCGUUCCCCCGCCCGCUGAAGGCGCCUGAUGGCAGUAUCAUCUACACCCCGGUACGGAGCCGACCGUCGGUGGCCGCCGGUCGACUCCGCGGACUCUCUCUGGACAGCCCCUCAGCUCUCCCCGGUUCCCCGGUGUUGCGAGUCCGUCGGCCCUCCAUCUCCCAGACGGCUCACCGACGCAGCUCGGCCAGCUAACGGCAACGUCGGCAGACCGGAAAGCUGGGCGUAAUGGGUUCACGAUGGGAUGUCAACGGACUGAUAACGUUGCUGACGUCACGGCACCGGCCCGGUGUAUGUGACGUCAUAGCGGCGUCACAGCCUGAGAUGGAUCGGUUCGGGACUGGCUGUAAACGGCACUUCUACAGGUCUUGGCAUGCCAGACCAGGUCAGUCACUCGGGCUGCUGCCAUGCUGAUUGCUGGUGCUCAUAGGUCGCUCAUUUUGAUGUAAGAGAGGAACAACCACGUCUUACCACCGUGUAUUUAUUACCUUUUUACCAUAUGUGACUGAUGAUAAUAUAUCUAUGUACUGAAGGGU